GCAGCCGCCCGGGGCUGCCGGGUCCCCCCGGCUGUCUCACGCCCAUCCCCUCGGGUGUGCAGCCGUGGGCACGUCAGCCCUGAUCCCCCGGGCGCUCCACUUCCAGGGCACCCCAUCCUCCUGAUCCCCCGGGUCACCCCAUCCCCUGGGACCCCUCACCCCCGGAAACUCCAGCCCUCGGACACUCCCUCCUACGCACCCUGGGGCACCCCCGUCCCUUGGCGGACCCCACCGCCGGGCACCCCAGUCCUUGGAGGACCCCACCGCCGGGCACCCCAGUCCUUGGAGCUCCUUAUUCCUCACCCCAGAGUACCCCAUCCCUGGCACACCCCACCGCCGGGCACCCCAUCCCACCGUCCACCACAUCCUGUGGUGACAUCCCUUGGGAUACCACAUCCCCAGUCACCCCACGGCAGCCAGACCCCUGCCCUGGCGUGCCCCCGGCACGGGGGUGCCGGGGACCCCCACAGCUCCUCUCCUUUGCCAGCCUGACACCCUCUGGCAGCGGCCGCAUCCCCGCAGCUGGUGUCCUCCCUGCACCCUGGGGCAGGGCAGGAAUGGCAGCCAGGGAUGUCACCACCCCCGCGCUGGCCACGGGACGGCGGUUUGCCCAGCGCCUCAGGGAGCAUUUGGAAGAGGAGAGGCUCCUGGAUGGGCACUACCGGCUGCAGCAGGUGCCCGGGGGCCGUGUGGCCUUGCCCGUGCUGGAGGAGAAGCUUGACCAGCUGCGACUGCCCCUGGAGAUGCCUUGUGAGCUGGUCUGGAUCAAGGACCCUGUCCCCUCCAGGGCAGCCCGCUGGAGGACACCUGCCCAGAAGCUGCAGGAGGCGCUGAGGCAGCUGCUGGGUGAGAGCUGGUCGGAGGAGCUGGAGCGUGACGUGCCCCGUGCCUGGCAGCGGCACGGGGACCUGGUCCUGCUGAGCGGGGACUGCUUCAGGGCUGCGCCCUGGGAGAAACUGGGGCCAGCGCUCUGGGAGACUGUUGCCUCGGCUUUGGGUGCCCAGCGGCUGGCCAGGCGAGGACGGGUGUUGCCAGAUGGGAUGAGGUCUCCCAGUGUCACCCUGCUGCUGGGCCAGGAUGGCUGGGUGGAGCACGUGGACAAUGGGAUCAGGUACACGUUUGAUGUGACUAAGUGCAUGUUCUCACCGGGCAACAUCACUGAGAAGCUGCGGGUGGCCUCGCUGCCCUGCUCCGGGGAGGUCCUGGUGGAUCUCUAUGCAGGCAUCGGCUAUUUCACGCUGCCCUACCUGGUUCAUGCCGCCGCCGCCUUCGCCCACGCCUGCGAGUGGAACGGCCACGCCGUGGAGGCGCUGCGGAGGAACCUGGCGCUGAACGGCGUGCGGGACCGCUGCCGCAUCCACCGCGGGGACUGCCGGCGGCUGGAGCUGCGGGAUGUAGCGGACAGGGUGAACCUGGGGCUGAUUCCCAGCUCGGAGGAAGGCUGGCCGGUUGCCUGCCGCGUCCUGAAGAAGGACACAGGUGGGGUUCUUCACAUCCACCACAACGUGGAGACUCUCCCUGCUCAGACCCCUGUCCUGCCAGCUGAGCAGGGGUCUCCAGAGGGAGCCAGCUCUGAUGGAGAGAUGCAGCACCCAGUGAAGGACAGUGGCAAGGAGAUACUGGGGGCCAGGAUCAGACCCGAGUGGCAGAGGUGGGCUGAAGCCACGGCGGCACGGAUCCAGGGGCUGCUGGCAGAGCUGCACGGGCAGCCAUGGUGCACCAGCAUCCUGCACAUCGAGGUGGUGAAGUCCUAUGCACCGCAUGUGCAUCACCUCGUGCUGGACCUCGAGUGCCGGCCGGUGUUGCCCACCUAGCUGGCCUUGGGCCCCAGUGUGGCUCCCAGCUCACAAGAAAUGCUGGUGUUGGGGCACUGGUGGCCAGGGGAUGCUAGCAAUGCCUGCUGCCAGCCUGGAUGCGCUUUGCAUCCCCUUGUUCCCAGGUGACAGCACGGCCCAGCAGUACCUCUCCAUGCCUAGGGCACCGAGGGAUGCUGUUCUACCAGAUAUCCCUCCAGGAGCUGGCCUAGGAUGGAGUGAGCUGGAGCUAAGAGCUCCCUGAGUUCUGCCCUGGCUCUGGCUGUCACUGCCCAGCCCCGUUUUCACACGGCGCUGGAUAAAUGUCAUGUUCCUGCUGGGCUUCUUUUCAGCAGGUUCAGGGCAGCCUUGUGCUUUUUUAUUGUACUGGAAACAUACCUGUUCAUCUUGGUUUCUUCUCACCUUUUAACAUAAAUAAGGACAUUUCCUA